CCGACACCACGGCAAUUGCACGCCCAACAUGCCGCUCGCCGCGCUCAAGACGGUUGCAAAGGCCCAGAAUGGCGUGGGCGCCUUUGUCCUGCCCUGCAAAUCCCUAACCUUCCACUACUGCAACUGGUGGGGGUCGUCUCGCGGCAUGAAUGCCUUUAUCAAGUCUUCGCUGCCGGCUUUUGCGAAGCGCAACCCCCAGAUUGAAAUCUGCGUCAGCCCACGGCCAGCCCACCACCCCGUCAUCAUCGCAAACUACAUCAAUGGCGCCCAGCGGUCAAUAUGCGUCAAGAACCUGCAGAACGAGGGCGUGCGCGAAAAGGCCGAGAUGCUGAGGAAUAGCACGGGAGAGAAGAACAGGAAGCUGGAUGGCCGUCCAGUGAAGAGUCUGAACGAGAGUGUGAGGGGUGUGUGGAGUCCAUUCCACGGCAGCAAGAUUAAGAUAUGAGCGUCCGAGGCAGCCGGAGGACGAGGGUCACGUAGAAAUGCGAAUACUUGAGGAUCCAAGGCACAGUUUCUGGCGAUAUCAGACCAAGCGAGUCCAACCACACGACCAUUGCGGCCAGCGCGAACAAGGCUCGGAUAGAAGCCAACGCAUGCAAAGACGCAAAUCUGGGCGCAGCAUGCACAUCAUUUGUAUAGUCAUUGUAAC